CGGUUGCCGAUGCCUUAGGCGCAAGUCAGUGAGUCAUGUUGUGACAGGAACACAUUUGUCAUGAUCGUAAAUUAUCCGUCAACGAAGAAAUUUUUGUUGUACUUGUUUGAUGAAAAUAUUUCUACCUAUUGCAUAGAGGAAAUAACUAUACUAGAAGCUGAAAACAAAAGUAAAUUUUGGGAAAAUGGCAUCAAGAUUUAGUGGAGCAUUGCAGAUUACAAAUCUAGAUGACUUUAUUACUCCAUCGCAGGAAUGCAUUAAACCUAUAGAAAUACAAGCGAACAAAAGCAAAACAGGUGCAAAGAUAAAAAUACAAUCUGAUAAUGUUAAUUUGGCACUCAAUGAAAUUGGACAACCAGAAAAAUUACAAAAAGUUGAAAUCACGCUUGCAGACUGUUUAGCAUGUAGUGGUUGUAUUACAUCUGCGGAGAGUGUGCUGGUUACUCAGCAAAGUCGAGAAGAAUUGCUUAGGGUGUUCCAGGAAAAAGUUGCCCAACAAAAUGUAGAAAGUACAAAUUCUAAAUACAUAAUAGUAAGUCUCUCAGUGCAACCUGUGUUGUCACUGGCACAACGUUAUGAACUCUCUCCUGAACAAGCUCUCUCUAAACUGGCAGGAUUUUUUUAUCGAUUAGGGGCUGAUACUGUAUUAGAUAUGACAAUGGCUGACGAUUUUGUUUUAUUAGAAGCCGCCAAAGAAUUCGUCGAGCGUUAUAAAGCCAGUAAAGAGGGGACAAAAAAUCAAUUACCAAUGUUGUCCUCUUCGUGUCCAGGUUGGGUGUGUUAUGCUGAGAAAACUCAUGGAAAUUUUAUAUUGCCGCAUAUAAGUGUCACAAAAUCACCUCAACAAGUUAUGGGAUCAUUAGUGAAAUACCACUUGGCUGAAAUAAUGGGUUUGUCACCAGAACAGAUAUAUCAUGUAACUGUAAUGCCAUGUUACGACAAGAAGUUGGAAGCUUCCAGAGAAGAUUUUUACAAUCAGCAAAAAAAAACGAGAGACGUAGAUUGUGUCAUAACGUCAAUUGAAUUAGAACAAAUGCUGAGUGAAGAUGGUUUAGUAUUAGAUGAAAUGAACGAAGGUGAAAUUAAACAACCAUUUGGUUCCUACAGUGAAGAAAUCGAAAAAAAGCUGUGGGGUCAUAGUGGUUCAGGAUCAGGCGGAUACGCAGACUUUAUUUUUCGUUACGCAGCAAAAAAUCUUUUCGACGAGGACAAUGUUACAGUUGAUUUUAAAAGUCUUAGAAAUCCUGACUUCAAGGAAGUAGAAUUAAAGAGAAAUAAUCAAAUUUUAUUAAAAUUUGCUAUUAUUAAUGGUUUUAGAAAUAUACAGAACAUAGUUCAGAAAAUGAAAAGAGGCAAAUGCGUUUACGACUACGUCGAAAUUAUGGCAUGUCCGUGUGGUUGCUUAAACGGUGGAGCGCAAGUGAGACCCGAUGGUAACGUUCAACCUCGAGAACUUGCAUUGACAUUGGCAAAUAUGUAUCAUGAACUCCCAUUAAGCAAACCUGAAGAAAAUAAAGUAGUGCAGAACUUAUACAAAACUUGGCUGGGAGGAGAGCAUACAGACAAAGUUAGCGCGUAUUUCACUACGCAGUAUCACGAAAUACAAAAAAUGAAUACAGCUCUUGCAAUAAAAUGGUGA